AUGGAAGUUGAAAUUUCUAGAGGACCCAAAGAUUACAACAUGGUUUCGUACAGUGCAUCAGGAGAUCUUUACAAUAAUGAUAAUGAUAUUAAUUCUAUUCCAAAAACUAAUAUUAUUGCGAUCGGAUAUUAUUGUAAUCGAAGCCCAACAAAUACUACAUAUAAAAUCACACCAAUAAAAUCAUUUUAUACUUAUGAAACUUAUCAAUAUUAUGAUUCACGAGGAAUUCCACUUUUCUUCUUUAAUAAAAUUGACAUUGGCAACUUUGAAUUCAAUGAUUCUACAAUAGCUUAUACAUCUCAUCAUUGUGAUCUUACAAUUUCUCAAGAUCUAGUAUUCAAUGUUGCCAAAGAUACAAUCAUUAUUUUCUCUCGUGCAGCAAAUAUUUCUGCAACUGCUUCUGUUUUUGGCAAAACACAUUCUGUUCUAGGUAAAACUAAAAUAAAAGCAAUUGAAUAUUUAUCAAAAGGUACAUUAACUCUUUCUACAACUAGUGAAUUAGGAUCUUGUGAUUUUUAUACUUUUAAUUAUUCUACAGAAAAAUGUAAUUUUCCAAUUAUUCUUUCAGGAGAACAUAAAUAUUAUAUUAAAAAUUUAGCAUCUGGUUAUAAAUACUGUGUAUUCUACGCUGCUGCACAACGUUCUGUUUCUUAUUUAGUUCCAAAAAAUCUUGCAUAUAAUAGAAUUGAGCCAGAUGGAACUGGUGCUGACAUUAAAAGAUCAGAUAAUCAGUCAUUUUUCUCACCAAAAUUAAUAGUUUUACACGGAGAUAUUUUUGAGAACAAAGUUUAUUUAGCUGCAUAUGGUUCUAUCUAUGAUGAUAAUUAUGUAAUCGAUGGCAAGAACUCAAAAUAUAGUUUUUAUCAGAUCUCUGACUACACUUUCAGAAAAGUCAAUACUAAUUCUAAAGUUGGCUAUACUGAAGUGAACAACCGACUUCUAAUUUAUAUCUUUGUUCCUUUUUCAAUUGUAACUUUCAUUGCUGUUUAUCUCGUUUAUUAUUUUAGAAGACAUCGUAAAAAUAAGGACCCUGAAUUGGAACUUUUGGAUCAAAAUAAUUCUAAUGAAGCUCCUCAGUCAAAUGAUCAAAAUGACGAAGGUUUUACUGCACCAACAUAUCAACUAUCCACUGAAAAUAAUAACCUCGAAAAUCCAUACUACUAA